CAAGAGAGAGGAGAGGAGAGGAGAGGGGAGCCAGAGAGCCAGGGGCGCAAGGGAUUUGCCACUUCACAAAUCAAGAAAAGCCGCAGCAAUGUUCUCCUCUUCUCCUCUCACGCAGUUACAUUGCAAGCUCUUUGCAAAAAUGGGGGACGACCGACCUUUUGUGUGCAGUGCUCCUGGCUGUGGACAGAGAUUUACCAAUGAGGACCACUUGGCUGUACACAAACACAAGCAUGAGAUGACACUGAAAUUUGGACCAGCCAGGACAGACUCUGUCAUCAUUGCAGACCAGACACCUACUCCCACCCGCUUCCUAAAGAACUGCGAGGAGGUUGGUCUGUUCAAUGAGCUGGCCACCUCCUUCGAACAAGACGAUGAUGACAAGAGAGCAAAAAACUCUCUCCCCGCUCCUAACUCUGUGGCUGUGGACAUGAGCGUGCAGGCAUCAUCAGACGUGAAGGUGAAAGAAGAGGCACCUGUAGAGGUCGACUCCUCGCCACCAAGCAGCCCUGAAUCUUUCUCUGAAGAUUCAGAAAACAGCAUCGAGCCUCUGGUUAAAGGGAAGGACACACCACCCAGGAGUUCAGCCCCCACCCCGACUAUUGUGCGUCCAGGUUCCCUCCCACUACACUUGGGCUUUGAUGCCCUUCAGCCCACCAUGCCGUCACCCACCUCUGUCAUCACACAGACACCACCUUCCAAUCGUACUCUGUGUUCGCCAACCAGCCACUACCCCAUGAUGAUGCUUCCCUCUGGUCAGGCAGUGCCUGUGCUCCCUGGUCCAGUACAUAUGCCCUCUGUCAUCAAUCUGGCCCGACCCAUGUGCAUGGUACCCAACAUUCCUGGGAUCCCCGGGCCUCCUCUGGGAGGCAGCAGCAGCGGCUCUAACUCCCCCUCUGGCUACAGCAUCCACUCAGAGGCCAAGAUGCGUCUGAAGGCUGCGCUGUCCCAGCAGAGCCCGUCAGGAUACAGCAUGGGGGUCAUGUCCAUGGGCGGCAGCCCCAUGAUACCUCAGAGGGCAGAGCAGAGCCAGCUGCUUGUCCAACAUCCAGAUGCUCCAUCACCUGCACAACCUCAGGUAUCUCCAGCACAGCCUACAGGUGGGCGUCGGCGGCGGACAGCAGAAGAUGACCCAGAUGAGCGAAGGCAGCGCUUCCUUGAGAGGAAUCGGGCCGCUGCAUCGCGCUGCAGACAGAAACGCAAACUGUGGGUCAGCUCCCUAGAGAAGAAGGCUGAGGAGCUCUGCAACCUGAACGUCUCACUGUCUAAUGAAGUGUCUCUGUUGCGGAACGAGGUGGCUCAUUUAAAGCAGCUGCUGCUGGCCCACAAGGACUGUCCUGUGACCACCCUACAGAAGAAGACUGCCUAUUUAGCUGCAGAAGAGAGCAUGAAAGACACCUCACAGCCUUCAGGUUCCCCUGCCCCAGUGAUCCAGCACAGCUCUUUGGCGCACAGCCCCUCUGCAGGGCACAACGGCCUGAGCUCAAGGGCAGCAGCUGAGGCCAUGGCUAUGUCUGUGCUGGCAGGAAUGGGCCAGCAUCAGAGGGCUGAGAGUGGAUCCUCUCACAUUAUCAUGGCUGCACAGUCUCAAUCUGCUGCCAGAUGAUGAGCGAUGCCACCCCGGCCCAGACUUGGCUCACAUUCGACACCCAGGGGUAAAAAGGAGCAGCGGACCUCCCCUCCCAACUUUCCUCAAUCUAGAAGUGCAAAUUUCCCAUCUUCCCCCCUCACUGUGCUCCUCUGCUCUCUCUGACCCUCCUGUGGAGCCAUCAUGCUGUGGCCUGGAGCUCAGCAGCAGCCUUCUGGGAAUGGACUGAGACUUUUGAGAGAGCUUCCUGUUCACUUUGCCAUAGACUACAGGGGCUGGACUCCAACCUCCCAUCAUCGUUCCCCCUCUGUGCUUCCCUACUCAUCUCUCCACCCACCCUCAGUCAAAAUGACUCUUCAUUGGACUGUAGGACUGCAUCACUCUGAGUGUACUGCCGUAAUAAACAGUUUGCACAAACGUGCGCAUAAACAUUCUCGAUCAAAUCACAUACCAAACAAUACACAGGGCUUUACACUGUUUUCAGCAGGGAAUAGUGCCUUGUGCUCCACAACUUUUUAGCCAUGUACACACCCACUCAUGCCGUCACAGCAUACGUCCCUAUACAUCCUUAGCUCCAAAGAUGCAGUAGUUGUCUAGACGUCAGUGACUCAGAUCUCAAAUACUCACUCAAACCUUUUGUAAAUGGUUCAACCUCAAGGCGAUCUCAUCAUGGACCCAAAAACCUUACCUCAAUUACUCCCAUUUAUGAUAAAAUUAAUAAACUGUGUGUGUGAUAAACUCUGUGCGUAUAUAUUUAUAUACAUCAGAACAUAGCAGUUUGCCUACUCCUGAUCUGAUACGUUAAUAGCUGGAUUGUUAGCAUGUGACUUUUUCUAUUAGGGUGUUAUGUUCUUGAUACAGCUAUGUGCAGCUAUACUUUUAAAAAUGAAUUGGCACAUCCUCCCAGAUUAGUCCACAGAACCAAAAUACGUUGGAUCGACAGUGUAUUACCUUAAAAGUAGUUUGUUCGAGCAAUUUUGUUUUGACCUGAAGGGAAUUCAGCCUCUCCCCUCCUCCUCCUCACUUUCCUUUAAACAGUUUUGCUGUUUGUUGGUUUGUAAUUGGAUGCUUUUUCUAUUUUAUAUGAAACUAUUCUAGUGACUGUGUUUCUCUGUGUGGGCCCUGGACUCACUGUAACUGCUAUUUCACACUUCUCAGGAUGGUUGCACAUCCUUGCUGCUCGUUGGAAGUGCGAUGAACCCCUUGGUCUCUCUGCUCUUUACCAAACCUAAACUAAGCCAUAAUGACCACAAAUCAGAUAUCUGAAUCUCCAAAGACCACCUUGUACUUGUUCUGGGGGCAGUUCUGUUAUGUUGUGACUCAGAGGUCACAGUGACACAAUCUAUAGUAUAUCACUGCUUGUUACUUGCACUUACACUCAGUCUCACACACAGUGUCUGAUCAUUUUUGCCUUAAGAUCACAUUGGUGCCUCCGAUAUCCCCCAAAAAACACAGUUUUGCUCAUUUGAAAAACAAUGGAGCCUUAGAAUAAUAUAUUUGACAUGAUUUGUUUAUUUCAUCAAAUGAAAAACAACCAAUGAGGAACAAACUAUUUACUUGUUGAAGAUUCUUCAAAGCCUUUAAAAUGAAAUGGUUGAUUUAACCAUUGGUCUCUUCUCAGUGACAUACAAUGAUCCAAUACUUGUCUGUCAUCUGGUGGAGAGACACAGCAAAGACAUCUUUACUGGUAAAUAAUAAUAAUAAUAAUACAUUUGAGGGUGGAAAAAGUUUCUGAAUGGCUCCAGUUCUUUAGAAAUCCUACCAAGAUAUUACCAAGAUAGAUAUUACCAAGACUAUUUUACCAAUUUUAUGUAUUUUUACAUAACAACACCUAAACAAGCGGUUUGCUUUUCUUGUUUUCUUCCUGUAUAUGUUUCUCCCUUCACUUGCCUGAUAUGAUCAUAUAUUUGCAAGAUGUUCUAUUUCAAAAAUAAGAUAUCUGUCCAUUACCACAAGGACAUGUUUUAUGCACUAAAAUAAUGCAAGUUUAUUGUUGCUUUGUAUUUCUGUUCAUUUAAAGUUUUGCAGUUCUCUUGUCCUCUGGUCUUUUUCAGAGAUAUCGGAUCCUUUAAAAACAAAUAAUCAUAUUUUCUCCUAUCUGUACUGUAUACCUAAAUGGGAAUUUGCUCAGCAACUUUAAAACCUUUCACCUUUGACUGAACCUCUUGUCCUUCAGUUCCAAUGGCGACCCCGGCAUUUUGUUGUACUUUGGAGCUGGCGCUAUAUUUGGCAGUCCCUUAUAGACGAUUGUUCAUAUGAAACGAAAAGUCAAACUAUAUUUAGCUUUCAUGUAUUUCAUGUCAUUGGCACCUUUUUGUCAUUUGUUUUCUGUUGUUGUGUGCUAUUUUCAGCACUAAACAACCUUUGUCAUAUCACUUUUUGAUUGUACUGAUGAAUAUAGAAACUAAUUUCUUUAACACACAGAUUUAUUUUUAGCUUUGGUUUCUUUACAGAAAAAUGUCAUGAGUCCUUUUUCAAAAAGUGAAUUUAUCCCCUUUGUUACGGUAUAUCUUUAAAGAUGAAUUUGGUCAUGUCUUUUCACUGUCCUAUUAACUUAUUUUUUUAAUUGGUCAACUAACAAUUGUCAUUACAGUCUUUGGCAUAUUAUUAUUACCUAGAAUUGUGAGCGAUUUAAUGAAAAAUGCAACAAUGAAAGUUGCACAUAGUAUAUUAAUACUAACUCACAGUGGCUCACACUCCCAAUGUUGGACUGAUGAUUUCAAAAAUUGUCUUUGUAUUGUACAUAUCUGUACUAUAUGAAUAUAUUUACUUUUCCAUGCAUGUCGAAGUGGAAUACUAUGAACACUUACAGUGCUGCAGUUUUAAUUAAAGUAACUACAUCUUAAUGAACAUUUAUAAAGUUUGGUUUGUUUGUUGUCAGUUUAGAUUCACGAUGACAAAAAGUUGUUUUAUGUAAAUUUGCUGUAAUCUUACAUAACUGGAGUUAGUCAGUUUUUGGUAAAAUGUGGUAUGAAAGGCAGUGUAUUUGAAUAUGAGAGAAUAUACUGUAUGUAAGGACAUUGUACUGCCUGCUUUGUUCAUAGCUGUCUGUACCCAGUGUUCCCUCCCCCUUCAGUCAUUGACUGACAUGAUUGUGUUGUUACUAAUGACUGUGUAGAGAAGAGCAAAAAUAACUCAUUAUAAGUACUCUGGUUUCUGUACUUGAAUAUUUGUUUCAUGUACUUUUAAAGUACAUUCUAUAAUUCUUCAACUUUCUUUGAAGCACGGCCGUAGCUACUAUUGAGGACUCUGAGGUCGUGUCCUCCAUAUUUUUCUGGAGGCUUUGGGGCAUGUAGCAGCCUGAGGUUAUAUUCUGCAAUUAAAAAUUUAAACAUCGUGA